UUAGGUUUAAUGUUAAGUGCAACGUAACUAAAAAUGAAUUUGUCUAUUCGGUUUCUUACAUUUAUUCUGUUCAUUUGAAAUUUAAAGAUAUAAAUAGUUUAGUCGAAGAAAAAUGUGCAAAGCUUAACGUUUAAGUUUAACACAAUUCAAUUAUGAGAAAUACGAAAAAAAGGAAGAAAAGAAAAGUAGCUUUUUCAGAUAAUUAUUCACAAUUCUUUGGCGAGUAUUUCGAGACGACUCCAAGUGGAGGAUAUAACGGGCCGACGACCAUUCAGUUAACACUCGUGUUGCACCAUUAAGUUUUAAUCGUUCAAAGAAGUGGUAUCCAUCUUCAUCCUAAACGUGUUAUUCACCGUCAACGAAUUUCGUGUUUAAUUAUUUUACAACAUACGUAAUUACGUUUAAUACAGUUAAUUAUUCUUACGUGAUCAAAAUGCGCGAGUGUAUAUCUAUUCAUGUCGGUCAAGCUGGUGUUCAAAUUGGAAACGCUUGUUGGGAACUUUAUUGUUUGGAACAUGGAAUACAACCAAAUGGGCAAAUGCCAUCAGAUAAGAUGUUUGGUGCAGGUGGCGAUGAUAGUUUUAGCACUUUCUUCAGUGAAACCAGCGCUGGAAAACAUGUACCUAGAGCAGUAUUUGUUGAUUUGGAACCUACAGUAGUUGAUGAAGUCCGAAUGGGAACGUACAAACAUCUUUUUCACCCUGAACAACUGAUCACCGGCAAAGAAGAUGCUGCGAAUAAUUAUGCACGUGGUCAUUAUACGAUAGGCAAAGAAAUUGUUGAUCUAGUUAUUGAUCGAACACGUAAACUAGCUGAUCAAUGUACAGGAUUACAAGGAUUCCUUAUUUUUCAUUCGUUCGGUGGCGGUACUGGAUCGGGCUUUGCUUCUUUAUUAAUGGAGCGCCUUUCUGUCGAAUAUGGAAAAAAGUCUAAAUUAGAAUUUGCAAUUUACCCGGCUCCGCGGGUUUCCACGGCAGUUGUUGAACCGUACAAUUCCAUUCUCACCACUCAUACAACUCUCGAACAUUCGGAUUGUGCUUUUAUGGUCGAUAACGAAGCAAUUUAUGAUAUUUGCCGACGCAAUCUAGAUAUUGAGAGACCAACUUAUACUAAUCUUAAUAGGCUGAUCGGACAGAUUGUAUCUUCGAUAACAGCCUCGUUGCGAUUUGACGGUGCUUUAAAUGUAGAUUUAACCGAGUUUCAGACGAAUUUAGUUCCUUAUCCAAGAAUCCACUUUCCUUUGGUUACUUAUGCCCCUGUAAUAUCCGCUGAAAAAGCGUAUCAUGAACAGCUCUCGGUUGCAGAAAUCACUAACGCAUGCUUCGAACCAGCAAAUCAAAUGGUUAAGUGUGAUCCCAGGCAUGGAAAAUAUAUGGCUUGUUGUAUGCUGUACAGAGGUGACGUUGUGCCGAAAGAUGUAAAUGCCGCGAUCGCUACCAUUAAAACGAAGCGAACGAUACAAUUCGUAGACUGGUGCCCAACUGGAUUCAAAGUUGGUAUUAAUUAUCAACCACCUACAGCUGUACCUGGUGGAGAUUUAGCUAAAGUGCAACGUGCAGUUUGCAUGUUGUCUAAUACAACAGCUAUCGGUGAAGCUUGGGCUCGCCUUGAUCAUAAGUUUGACCUUAUGUAUGCGAAAAGAGCUUUCGUUCAUUGGUAUGUUGGUGAAGGCAUGGAAGAGGGUGAAUUUUCCGAAGCUCGCGAAGAUCUUGCAGCUCUUGAAAAGGACUACGAAGAAGUGGGAUUAGAUUCUAACGAUGUAGAUGCAGACAUUAUCAACGAAUACUGAAUUCGAUUUACUUUGUUUAUAAAUUUUAACCUAGAACAUCUUCCAAUACUUUUCUCGUUUUUCUGCACCUCCUCUAUGUCUUUCUUCCAAGUGUCUGCUUGCGAUAGUGUUUUACAAACAGUAGACAGACACUUUUGUCGCAUCACGCGUUGUUAAAAUGAACUAGAUAUCGAAUUCGCAACGAUGAAACGUAAAUAGAUUUUGAAAAGAAAACAUUACGAUACGCCAUAAGACGCGAAUAAAAAUAUAUAUAGAAAGAGGGCAUAAGAUAACGUGUACCAACUUGACUAGAAUAGUAUGGAAAAGGAUAGGAAUAUUGAAAAACACGAUGUAAUGCAUUCUCAUGCAUCUUUCAUCGUUAAUUAGAAAUGUAUUUCUUUUGUUCUGUUUCGUUUUAUUGCAUUACACAAACGGGGCUGGGGAGGCAAAAUUAAAUAGCGGAUUAAAUAGUUCAGCGCGACGCUUUAACAAAUUAAAAA